AUGGACAAGCUGGGAGAUGAUAGCUCUUCUAUUGCAGCUUCAAAGUACUAUUCACAAAUGUCUCAUACUCAUACUCCAGAAGCUGAAAUGGUGUCUCAUCUUUAUUCUGUCUUGACCAAGGCUAAAAGUGGGAUGGUAAAGUUGGAGGAUUUAUUUCAACCAUUAGUCAACCUCUGUAGUCUUGAAAAUGUUAUCAUUGUUCAGGCGUCUCUACAUAUACUGCAUGUGUAUCUGAAGCACCUGAUUAGUCUGGAAAGGCAAUUCGAGGGAAGGGUCAAUGUCAUGGUUGAAGGACUUCACUGCAGAAACAAGAUUGUAAAUCCUCAUGGAUCUGAAGGUGCAAAUAAAGGAGCCUUGUUUUGUGUGAACAUGGAUCAGAUGUCUUAUGCAUGCUCACUUGGAAUGAAAUUUUCGUAUCCCGAAACUCAAAGCAAGAAUGGAAUUUGGAAUAAUGGCAUUGCAACUUUGUUUUCUCAUAUAGACUGGGUUUCUCUCUUUGAGGUGAUCCUACAAACUGCCAUGAAGAAUUCAAAACCAGGUGUAAGGCUAGAAGCAGUCUCUAUUAUGAAUAUGAUUAUAAUGAGAAGUAAUCCCUUUAUUGAGAGGGAAAAGUUUGGCCAGACACUGGUAUUUGAAAUUCUUUCACAUUUGCUUACAAAAGCAGCUGGUUUUGAGGUGCGAAUACAAGCCGUGCAACUUCUAUAUAUGCUACUGAAUUGUCCUAAAAUACUGGUCAAGUUCUGUUCAUAUUAUAAAGAUGGGAAGGGUGCUGGUGCUAUGGAUGGUGAUGUAGGAGAUGCUUCAGCUUUCCAGAAAUAUAGUAUGAUCCUUCAAGGAUUGGCAGAUUGUAUAGCUUGCUGUGGAAAUGGUUUACAGGAACUGAAACUUCGCAGAAAUUCUGUUCUUUUGCUGGCUUUCCUAUCCUCAUCUGAAAAAUCUGGCUUCGAAAUACUUGUGGCUUACAAGCUCUAUCAAGAUGCAAACUUUCUAAUGUUGAUUUUACAAGUUUUGAUAUCAGAGGUAGAUAUAGAAGUAGCAGUUAAUGCUGAUCAUGCACAGGUUUUCAAAGAGAGGACCUUGCUGAUGCGGGAGGCUCUAAUACUACUUAACAGGCUGGUAUCAAACCCGAUGUAUUCUGCUACUGUCUUGCGUUUAUUAACAAAGAGCAGAGACAUGGCCAGCUUGACCAUCGAUGUUGCAAACAGGUUGUCCAGGAAACACCAGAUAUGUGACAAGUUUGAUGGCAUUGCAAGGCAGAUGCGGGAGUCUGAAAUUGUAGACCUAGCUCGAGUGUUUAAGAAAAGGGUGUUCACAUAUUUAGGAGAUAACCUAUCAUAA